AUGUCCGAAAUCAGCGGGCUUCCACCUGCAGAAACCUCCCCCACAUCCGCUAUCCCUCUCCCCAUCUCCAUCCCCACACCUUCUCCCCCACAACUUCCCACACCGCAGGCCUUACAAAGCUGGCUCCCCUUAUAUCUAUCCAAAACCGACAGCGUCCUCACGCAUCUCUCAAAACUGCUCAGUACCCCCUCCGGCAUCGAUGUUCUCCUCUGCACCAUCGGCUAUAGUUCCCUCCUAACCUCCAAUCUCCUCUCCCGCCUCUCCCUCCAUCAAAUCCGCCAAACCGCUCGUCUCCUCAUUGAAAAAGCCAUUUCGCUUCCCCCAAAUACCACCAUCUUUCUAUCAUCCUCGACGCUCCCCAUACCCAGUUCUCAAUUAUUAGUACUGGCUGGAAGGUUCAAGGCACUAAGUGCAUUGAUAUCGGAUUUUAGAACAUUUGGGCGUCUUUGGGGGUUAUUGGCAAUUUACAAAUGGGGAAAAGCUACGUGGAAUAGUCCGCCUGAAGAUGCAUUGAUUAGGAAGAUUGUACAAAUCCAAGUGAUGGCGAAUUUAUGCUAUCAGGUUCUGGAAAAUGGCGCAUAUCUCAGCUCGAAAAAUAUACUUUCAUGGGACAAAGCCAAGCAAGCGAAAGCAGGAAUAUGGAGUGUGAGAUGUUGGAUGCUACAUGUAGGGCUUGAUAUUGUAAAGUUGGGAAUAGAAUAUGGUAGAAGGGAUAAAAAGACGGCGGAGAAGGAGGGCGAGAAGGAGAAGGAACAUAGGGAGUGGAUGGAGAGGUGGAGGAAAAGUUUGAUUGUUAAUUUGGCGUAUGCGCCAUUAACAGUGCAUUGGAGCUUGGAGAAAGGUCUGGUGACGGAAUUUUGGGUGGGAUUGUUGGGGACUGUGGCCGGAGGGACUAGUUUGAGAUAUUUAUGGAGGAAUACUGCGUAG